UGUCUCAAUUCAGGGUCUGCAUCCUACCUCGGCCGGAUUCGUCGGCCGGUUACGUCACAGCGCCGCGACUAGGCCUGUCCCAAUUCGAAGACUCCUUCAAAUGCGGUCGACGAAUGCGGCCUUCUUUUCGCCUGAAUGAAGGAUGGGUCGGGUGUAUCCUUCAAUAGGUAGCAUUUCCCAAGAUGCCUUGCGGGCCGGCCGGCAGAAAACUUUUACAACAAUGGCGGACAGUGAAGCGGGAGCUGUUGGAGAAGAUAGCACGUAUAAAUGGACUAAAGACAAAACACAAGAAUUCAUACAGCUUAGAGCGGAGAUGGACCACAUGUUCACCGGAGCAAAGCAUUCGGCGUCUGUGGCAUGGAGGAGUAUUCUGGAGAAAAUGUCCAUCCAGGGGAAGGUGACCCCCAUCCAGGCCAAAAAAAAAUGGGAUAAUUUAAAGAAAAAAUAUAAAGUAUGUAGAUGUGUGUGGAAAAAUAUAACAUGAAUACAUGCUAAAUCUAAAAAGUUUAAACAGGUUUGUUGGUAUUUGUGUAAAAUGACAUAAUUUUAUU